ACCACUGCUGUUAUAUCGCGGUCGUUGUCGUCGUCAACGUCGUCGUUUUCGUUGUUAUUUCUAUUAUCGUCGUCAACGUUAUUCCUAUCAUUGAAUAAUUUCGUUGACGUGCAAAGAUAUCUAUCAAACGAUUCACAACACAGAAACAAUAUUCUAACAAAAUUGAAAAUUUCUAUUUGCGAAAUGUCAAAUCAAAUAUGUCUAAAAUGGAACAGUUUUUUAAACAAUAUCGCCACGAGUUUCGAAAGUCUUUGGGAGGAAGAAGGUUUAGUAGAUGUGACAUUGGCAAGUGAUGGACAGUGUCUUACAGCUCAUAAAGUGAUUCUCUCAGCAAGUAGUCCUUUUUUCAAAAAAGUUUUUCAGACAAAUCCCUGUCAACAUCCAGUUAUAAUACUCCAAGAUGUACACUUCAGUGAACUAGAAGCUUUACUUAUAUUUAUAUAUAAAGGAGAAGUAAAUAUUGAACAAAAAAAUUUGCCAGCACUUUUAAAAGCUGCAGAAACAUUACAAAUCCGUGGUCUUUCGGGAGGAGAUAUAUUUGCUAAAGAAUCUUAUAAAAGAUUAGUAGAAUUGGAACAGGCAGUAGAAGAAGGAACAGGUAGUAAAGAAGAAAAUCCAAAGAAAAAACAAAAAUUGAACAAACAUCAAAAUUCUAUAUUAGAAACAGCACUAACACCUAAAGUAUCUCAAGUAGAAAGCACAGAUGAGUCUACAACCAGUGAACAAGGUGGUAAAGAAGGAGAUUAUUUAUUGCAAAAAAAUAUGCAAAAUCCAAUCUAUCAACGUUUAGAAAUGAAGAUAGAACCAUUAGAAACUGUAUUAGAAGAUUCUCAAAAACAAUCUUCAACGGACAAAGAUCCAGCAGAAAGAUUAGAUACUGGACAACUUGAAGGAAAUCAAGAUAGGUCUGGGAACAGUCCUGCUGAAGAUAUUUCCGGUUUAUCUGGGUUAUCCGGCCUAACUGGAUUCUCGGACGUGAAGCCACUGCUAUACGCGUAUCAACAACUACCUUACGCCGAUCUUCUGCCGAGUCCGGAGAUAAUUUCAACGUGGGCAUCCUCUCGACCGAUGGAUCAUUUGGCCUGUGACCUUAUGAAGAUCCUUUUUACUCCGGAGGAGAGGAUUCUUUGUAACGUAAAUGGCAAGAUGGGGAAGCAACAAUUCGAUAGUAACAAAAUACAUUUGAUAAGAGAAGUUCUGUUGCACUUUAGUGGUAUUGCACCCAAUAGCGUCGAAUGGGAGGAAACGUGGAAAAAUUGCGUAACUAAAAUCGAUACUAGCAAUAGGGGCUUGAAAAGGUAUCUAUUCCAAAGGCGGUCGGUUUACACUCAAUGACUAGGGCGUUUCAGGUCAGGCGUAAAACGGAAACGUUUUCACUGGCUGGAAUAAAGUGUGAUUUUUCUCGCUGAUUCGUCGUUUCGAUUCUCUUAAAGAUCACUUAGGAUCGUUUUAGAUCGCCUUGGAAGUUUCCGUGUUCUUUCUUUUUUGAAAAAGGGAUAUCAAUAGGUGGAGCGAGAAAAUUCAGAGAAUAUAGUAGAACGUGUUCAAAAAGAGAUUAGAGAAACGGAAAAUAUUCUUAGGCAUGGUCCAACUAUUUAUUACGCUUCACGUUUGCUUUCAUCAGGCAAAUGAUCGACUAAUUAAUUCGAAUAUAUUUUGUUAAGAAAUUUUUUUUUUUUUUUAAUACUAUUGUAUGUCUCGUUUUGUUAACGAAGAUUUAUUUUAUAGUUGAGGAAAAUCGAUCGAUUUUUUUUAUUCGAUUCCUUUGAUUUUUUUUUUUUUUUUCAUCCUUGUGCAAUGUAACAUUCCAUCCAUUUAUUAAUUUACGAUGUUCACGCAGAUUCGCACUCUCGCCGUAGACGAUCUAUAUAACAUCUAUUAAACGUACCGUAUCAUAAGAAUCCACGGAGUUUCUUAUACGUGAAGACAAGAUUACUGUACGCGUAUAGAUGGAUCUAUAAGUGUGCGUUUACCGAUAUACGUACUGUUAUAUACGUGUGCGAGAAUAAUCACGUCUCGCAUUAUUGACGAUUUUAAAAAAAGAGAAAUACGUGUUAUGAUGUAACGAUGAGAGUAGUAAUAUAAAUAUAUGCUUCUUAACGUUUAAGGGCGUUCAAUAUACCGUGACGAGACCUCACGCGAACGAUUCGCAGCUAUCGAUGGCACACCAUCUUUUUCUACCUUUUAUGUCGAACGGUAUAAACGAGUCUGAUUUUCGCGUUUUGCCACAAUUCUGUUUUCUUUCGUUUGAUCUCGCAAAAAAAAAAAAAAAAAAAAAAAAAAGAAAAAAAAACGGUACGAAACGCUUCGAGUUGACUGUUACUAUUUAAAUCUGUGCGAUUGUAGACAAAAUACACACAUACACAAAUGACUGGUUGCAAAUAAACCUAUUUUACAUUUU